AUGGACCCCCAGAAACAGCUUCAGGCGCUCACGGAGGAGUUCCAGGGCAUGCAGACCGAGCUCGAGGGCUUAGUCGAUGCCCGCCAGAAACUUGAAUCGCAGCAGCAGGAGAACGAGGGCGUGCAGCGCGAAUUUGCCCAGUUGGACGAUGAGUCCAACGUCUUCAAGCUUGUCGGCCCGGUGCUACUGAAGCAGGACAAGACCGAGGCUACCAUGGCUGUCAACGGUCGUCUGGAGUUCAUUGAGAAGGAGAUCAAGCGUAUUGAGGGCGAGAUCGAUGCGACACAGGACAAGAGCGAGACCAAGCGUGCAGAGGUGAGGCGCACUAUCAACCUCCCCACCAUGGGCACAUUCUGA